AUGGCUGGGGAGCCACGCCGGGCUGUCCCGCCGUGGCACACCUGCCUCCCUGCCUCCAUCCUGCUGUCCCCCGACUGGAGGGCCUUCCGCAUCCGAGUGCUGUCCGCCUGGCCCACUUCCUCUCCCCGUAAAGCCCGAGCUCACAGUGGCCUCGUGCUGCCUGAGCCCCUGCUCUUCCGGAGAGCAGAUGAGUUUGACUGCCAGACUGAGGCCGGGCGGGUUCCCAGAGUGCCCUGGAGCACGAGGCAGCCCAACCAGAGAACUGAUGCUAUCCCCGCCCCAAGGCUCAGCACCGCUGGAAUAAGCCUGGGGCAAACAACCGCUCGGAGAGCUGGCGAUGAUGAGAGCGAGCUGCUGGGACCACCAGAAAAAGCCACAGGUGGCCAGCUACAGGUGACGCCAAUGCUCACACCCAAUGGCAGUGGGCUAAGCCAGGAGUUUGAAGGCCAUUGGCCGGAGAUCCCAGAGAGGUCCCCGUGUGUGGCCGGGGUCAUCCCUGUCAUCUACUACAGCGUCCUGCUGGGCCUGGGGCUGCCUGUCAACCUCCUGACCACCGUGGCCCUGGCCCGCCUCGCCGCCAGGACCAGGAAGCCCUCCUACUACUACCUUCUGGCGCUCACAGCCUCGGAUGUCAUCACCCAGGUAGUCAUCGUGUUCGUGGGCUUCCUCCUACAGGGAGCAGUGCUGGCCCGAAAGGUGCCCCAGGCUGUGGUGCGCGCGGCUAACAUCCUGGAGUUUGCUGCCAACCACGCCUCAGUCUGGAUCGCCGUCCUGCUCACGGUCGACCGGUACAGCGCCCUGUGCCACCCCCUGCACCAUCGGGCCACCUCAUCCCCAGGCCGGACCCGUCGGGCCAUCGCUGCUGUCCUUGGUGCUGCCCUGCUGACUGGCAUCCCCUUCUACUGGUGGAUGGACGUGUGGAGGGACGAGGACCCCCCCAGCACACUGGACAAGGUCCUCAAGUGGGCUCACUGCCUCAUCGUCUAUUUCAUCCCUUGUGGCGUUUUCCUGGUCGCCAACUCGGCCAUUGUCUGCCAUCUACAGAGAAGGGGCCAGAGUGGGCCUCGGCCCCGGGUGGGCAAGAGCACGGCCAUCCUCCUGGGUGUCACCACGCUCUUUGCCCUCCUUUGGGCACCCCGCAUCUUUGUCAUGCUCUACCACCUGUACGUGGCCCCCGUCUACCGGGACUGGAGGGUCCACCUGGCCUUGGAUGUGGCCAACAUGGCGGCCAUGCUCAACACAGCAGUCAACUUUGGGCUCUACUCCUUUGUGAGCAAGACCUUCCGGGCCACUGUCCAGGAGGUCGUCCAUGACGCCCACCUGCCCUGCACCCCGGGGUCACAGCCAGCGGGCGUGGUGGCGGAACCUGUGCUGAAGCCUGCAGGACUCCUCGAAGGGGCAGAACUGUAG